UAUAUUGAGAUUAAAGAUUACUUGAGUGUUGUACACUUGUUGAAUCUCUUCAGUAGUGCUUACAGUAACGGCGAGUAAUUUAUAUUGAGUAAUUUAACUAUUUUCGUAUAUAUUUACUUCUUUUUUAGGGUAACAUUUAAAAAAAAAAAAAAUAUGACUGCCGGAAAUUUAGCAUUGUUGAGUGUCUCUGAUAAAACAAACCUUUUGCCAUUUGCUAGAAAAUUGCAUGAACUAGGUUUAUCUUUAAUUGCAUCUGGUGGAACAGCAAAAUCUUUGAGAGAUGCAGGUCUUCCAGUAAAAGAUGUAUCUAAUAUCACUGGUGCACCUGAAAUGCUUAAUGGAAGAGUCAAAACCCUUCAUCCUGCUGUUCAUGCUGGUAUAUUAGCUAGACUCACAGAGCUUGAUCAGCAAGAUCUUCAUAAACAAAAUUAUCAGCUCAUUCAAGUUGUGGUAUGCAAUUUAUAUCCGUUUGUAAACACAAUUGCAAAAUCAGAUGUGACAAUUGAAGAUGCAGUAGAGAAUAUAGAUAUUGGUGGAGUAACUUUGCUACGAGCUGCUGCUAAAAAUCACAAUAGGGUAACAGUUGUCUGCGAUCCUAAUGACUAUGAGAAAAUUGGAAAAGAAUUAGAAUCAUCUACUAAUAAAGAUACCUUUUUGGAAACUAGACAAAUAUUAGCGCUUAAAGCAUUCACUCAUACAGCGGAAUAUGAUAAUGCUAUUUCCGAUUAUUUCCGCAAACAGUACAGUAGUGGCAUUUCUCAAUUGACACUAAGAUAUGGAAUGAAUCCACAUCAAAAACCAGCACAAAUCUUUACUACUCUAGAUAAAUUACCACUGACGGUGAUAAACGGCUCUCCAGGUUUUAUUAAUCUUUGUGACGCAUUAAAUGGUUAUCAACUAGUAAAGGAGUUAGAAGCAGCUCUAAAUCUGCCAGCCGCAACAUCUUUUAAACAUGUUAGUCCAGCUGGUGCGGCGAUUGGUGUACCACUAGACGCUGUACAAGCAAAGCUAUGUCAAGUAGAUGACUUAUUGGAUCAACUUACACCAUUAGCUACUGCUUAUGCACGUGCACGAGGAGCAGAUAGAAUGUCAAGUUUUGGAGAUUUUAUAUCAUUAUCUGAUGUAUGUGAUGAAGUUACUGCUAAAAUCAUAUCUAGAGAAGUUUCUGAUGGUAUUAUCGCGCCUGGUUAUUCAGAGGAGGCACUUAAAAUUUUGAAGAAGAAAAAGAAUGGUGCAUAUUGUGUACUUCAAAUUGAUCCAAAUUAUGUACCAUCUCAGAUGGAACGUAGAGUUUUGUUCGGUUUAACUUUGGAACAAAAACGUAAUAAUGCAGUUAUAGAUAAAAAUACAUUCUCCAAUGUAGUAACCAAAAAUUUGACAACUCUUUCUGACAGUGCUAUGAGAGAUUUAAUUGUAGCUACCAUUGCUUUAAAGUACACACAAAGUAAUUCAGUUUGUUAUGCAAAAGAUGGGCAAGUAAUUGGAAUUGGUGCAGGACAGCAAUCAAGAAUUCAUUGUACAAGACUUGCUGGUGAUAAAGCUGAUAAUUGGUGGCUUCGACAACAUCCUAAUGUCACUGGUAUGAAGUUUAAAAAAAAUGUAAAAAGAGCAGAAAUUUCGAACGCUAUUGACAAUUAUGUAAACGGAUCCAUUGGAAAAGAUAUGGAUGAAGCUACUUGGGCAGCAAUGUAUGAGGAAGUUCCACAGAAACUUUCAGAAGAUGAUAAAAUAAAAUGGAUAAAUCAAGCAGAUGAUGUUGCUUUGAGUAGUGACGCUUUCUUUCCAUUCAGAGAUAAUGUGGAUAGAGCUAGAUUGAGUGGCGUCAAAUAUAUUGCAAGCCCUUCUGGUUCUGUAAAUGAUGAAGCAGUGAUACAAGCUUGCGAUGAAUACAAAAUGGUAUUAAUUCAUACUAAUUUGAGAUUAUUCCACCAUUAAGUAAAAACAUUUAAUUCAAUAAUUAUUAAAGCAUAUGCGAGAGUUAUUUUAUCUAUGAUAAGUAAGAAAUAUUUAUCAUAGAUAAAUGAACAUGUAUCGAGUUCAGAAUUAAUGCUUGAUUGAUUGUAAUAUUGAAAAUGUAUUUUUAUAUGAAAUAAAAUGAAUAUAUAAUAAAAAGAAGUAAAACUAUUGAAA